GAAUCCCUUAACAAGCCUGACCUAGCCGACAAUGAUUUUACCUAAUUAAUUCUGCCAAGUCGUUGCUCUAGUUAAUGAACUAAGAUGGCAGAAAAACAGAAAAGUGCAACAACUCUGGCUUUGAUGCAGUUUGCAUCAGGCGGGUGUGCUGGAUUUGUUGAGGUGUCAAUUAUGCAUCCAUUAGAUUUAAUUAAAACCAGAUUCCAAAUACAGCGUGGUCCAGAAGAUCCUAAUAGAUAUACAUCAUUAGCUGAUUGUUUUAAAAAGAUGUAUAGGCAAGAAGGAGCCAUGUCUUUCUACAAAGGAAUAUUGCCACCUUUACUUGCUGAAACUCCAAAACGAGCAGUCAAAUUUUUUACUUUUGAAAGAUAUAAGAAUAUGUUUGCUUAUGGUGGAUAUUUAGGCCAACCUGUUAUUUUCACACUGGCAGGAUUAUGUUCUGGAAUGACAGAAGCUUUUGUCAUUAAUCCUUUUGAAGUGGUUAAAGUCAAGCUGCAGGCUGAAAGACGGAAAUUAGCACAGCAAAAAGGAACAUUUCAAACAGCUCGUGAAAUAAUUGCUAAAGAUGGUUUUGGUUUGAAAGGAAUGAAUAAGGGAUUAACAGCUACAUUAGGUCGUCAUGGUGUAUUUAAUAUGGUUUAUUUUGGUUUUUAUCAUAAUGUGAAAGGCCUUAUUCCAGAAUUAAAGGAUCCCAAACAAGAAUUUGGACGAAAAUUUCUGAUUGGCUUAGUGUCGGGAACUCUUUCUUCUUGUAUAAAUAUUCCAUUUGAUGUGGCAAAAAGUCGCAUUCAGGGUCCACAACCAGUGCCUGGUGAAAUCAAAUAUAGAACCUGUAUGGCAACAAUCCUUACAGUUUAUAGAGAAGAGGGGUUUUUAGCAUUGUAUAAAGGGUUGCUACCAAAAAUUCUAAGACUUGGGCCAGGUGGAGCCAUCAUGUUAUUAGUUUAUGAAUAUGCCUUUGAGUGGAUGAAGAAACUGUGAUUUUAUUGUCAUUAGAGCAUUAUAUUUUUACACACAGCAAAAUUGGCCAUAGGUACUCAAAUGGGUAUAUUUUAUUAUUUUUUGUUGUUCGGUUGAUUAUAUAUUGCAAAGAACUUCUGGGUAUUAAUUAUACAGUUUGAUUUUGUUAUGGAUUAUAUAUUGCAAAGAACUUUUGGGUGUUAAUUAUACACUUGAUUUUGUUAUGGAUCUUGUCUUGUAGGUGUUUUUAGUAUUUGUUUGUAAUUUUGUAUAAAUGGGCAGUAUUUCUAAUAUGCACAUUAUUUUAUGUAUUGAUUUGGUGCUUACAUUGUUACUGUUAAUAUACAAAUGAUCACAUAAUUUUAUGUACAUGUAUACUCAAUUUUAGAAUAAUGGCGUUUGAAAUUGUACUGUUAGCCUGACCUUUUAUUCAGUUGCAUUAAAUCAGUUUGGUGUCUUAAGAUGGAAGAGUUAUUCUUUUAACUCACUAGUCACUGUUUCUUUUUGUUCCUGUUUUAGGAUGGUUUCAGAUCAGAUUAAGAUUUGUUUAAUUAGAUGAAUCUGUUUAAUUUAUAUCCUUUAGUACAUAUUGUUUAUAGAUAUGUUAAUUUGAUAUUCCAUAGCUUCAGAUACCAGUUCGUAUUAAACAGUGUUAAAUUUAAGCAUAUCCAAAAUCUACAUGUAUAUAUAAAGUGAAUUUUUAUUUCAUCUUUGCAUUUCGGUGAAUUUACAAACUUUAUAUCAUUUAUAACCUCUAGUUGAUUAUGUUUUGGAAAACUCCAAGUGAUUUACAUUAUAUUUUGUGAUAUCAAGUUUUAUAUUCUGAUGUGAUUAUGGUACUGCUAAAAAAGAAAUCCAUAUAUGCACUGCCAUUUCUUGUGUAGAUUACUGAGGUAGUAGUAAUAUGUUUUCUACGCAAUUUGUAUGAUUUUCUUUAUGUUUAUAAUAACAAAUUAUGUAAUUGUUUAUGCUAAUAAAUCAUAUUGCUCAAUGUAUAUAAUAUAAGCAACAUUAUCAACCAAUUUAUUGAUGUUCGAAUGUUUUUUUUUUGAAUUACCAUUGUUAAUUAUAUUUUUAAAAUGAGAA